AUGUGCCUCGUCACUGGUAUUUUUGCCGCUCCCACCCAGGAAGUUAGCCGGAGGGAUAUGGAGUCCGACACCGACUACCGCCGCUCCGUGGAAGCGACCAACGGGGACGACGACUACGACGCUCCUGGGGGCUAUCGCCGCUCCAUUGAAGCAGCCAAUGAUGACGAUGACUACGACGCUCCUGGGGGCUAUCGCCGCUCCGUUGAAGCAGCCAACGAUGACGAUGACUACGACGCACCUGGGGGCUAUCGCCGCUCUAUAAAAGCGGCCAACGAUGACGACGACUACGACGCUCCUGGGGGCUAUCGUCGCUCUAUAAAAGCGGCCGAUGAUGAUGAUGACUACGACGCUCCCGGUGGCUAUCGCCGCUCCGUAGAAGCGACCAACGGGGACGACGACUACGACGCUCCUGGGGGCUAUCGCCGCUCCAUUGAAGCAGCCAAUGAUGACGAUGACUACGACGCACCUGGGGGCUAUCGCCGCUCCGUAGAAGCGACCAACGAUGACGACGACUACGACGCACCCGGUGGCUACCGCCGCUCUAUAAAAGCGGCCGAUGAUGAUGAUGACUACGACGCUCCCGGUGGCUAUCGCCGCUCCGUAGAAGCGACCAACGGGGACGACGACUACGACGCUCCUGGGGGCUAUCGCCGCUCCGUUGAAGCAGCCAACGAUGACGACGACUACGACGCUCCUGGGGGCUAUCGCCGCUCCGUUGAAGCAGCCAACGAUGACGACGACUACGACGCCCCCGGUGGCUAUCGCCGCUCUGUGGAAGCGGCCAACGGGGACGACGACUAUGACGCUCCUGGUGGUUAUCGCCGCUCCGUGCAUACGGCCUCUUAA